AUAACCGUUCUCCCCAAAGCCUUUAAGAAUCUGCAAAACACAUCCCUUUCCAUCCUGGAGGGAGAGGCCCUGAGGCUGCGCUGUGAGGUUGACAGCAACCCCCCUGCCGAGCUGAGCUGGUUCCGGGGGUCCCCAGGCCUGAACGCCACCCCCCUCUCCAGCACCGCGAUCCUGGAGCUGCCUCGCGUGGGGCCUGCACAGGAAGGAGAGUUCACCUGCCAAGCUCGGCACCCGCUGGGCUCCCACAGCGUCUCUCUCAGCCUCUCCGUGGUCUACCCCCCGCAGCUGCUGGGACCCUCCUGCUCCUGGGAGGACCAGGGUCUGCACUGCAGCUGCUCCUCCAGGGCCCAGCCGGCCCCCUCCCUGCGCUGGCGGCUGGGGGCGGGGCUGCUGGAGGGGAACCAUGGCAACACCACCCACAUGGUCACCUCCAGCUCAGAGGGGCCCUGGACCAACAGCUCCCUGAGCCUCCGCCAGAGGCUCAGCCCUGACCUCAGACUCAGCUGUGAGGCCUGGAAUGUGCACGGGGCCCAGAGCGUCUCUGUCCUGCUGCUGCCAGGGAAGGCCGUGCCCCAGGCAGGAGUGGUUCCUGCGGCUCUCGGAGGUGCUGGUGCCAUGGCCCUGCUGUCCCUGUGUUUGUGUCUAAUCUCCUUUUGCAUAGUGAAAGCCCGCAGGAGGCAAGCAGCCGGGAGACCAAAGGUCACGAAUGAUGAAGAGCCUGUGAUGGGCACAGUCACCUGG